ACCACCGGGAUCGGCUCCGUGCUCCCUAUAACACAACAAUAACACAGUCUCGCAGCGGAAGUGACGUCAGACUGCCCUCUCUUCCAUAACGGAGAGAAGCCUGUGGACUUCCUUCUUUCCCCCAGCAUGCACCGAGCACCAUGUGACGUUUUAAGAGGCGUGGUCCGUGAACGAACAGUUCCGAGAACGCCGAUAGAGGGCGCAGGAAACACGUUCGGAUGGCUUGGAAUCGUUUCUGCUGUGCAGGUUACUGGUGUUCUGGGUGGUGAAGUGAUUCUGCCAUGUACCAUGACCAAGAAUCUGGUGGACGCUGGACGUCGGUCCGAAUACCCAAUAAGCUCUGUGCAUUGGCAAAGAAAAGAUAGGACUCCAAGGACCGUGCUCAAGCUGCUUCCAAGCGGAGUGACCUACACAGUCCUCCCAGCCGUGUCUCGAGCCCUGGUCCAAACAUCUUUGAUCGGUCAAGGAAUCUUUUCACUGCACCUGAAAAAUCUGAAGGAACGAGAUGCCGGAACGUAUUAUGCGGUUGGCAAAUGUGGGAAAAGCAAGACGGAAUGUUUAGUAAGACUGAGAACUGUGGAAGUCAUACAGUUCCCCGGUGGUCCUCUCCCCGAGAACAGUGCAGUCAACCUCACAUGCAGAAUUGUCGGCCCAAAUAAUUCUUCCACCUCUGUUCGUUGGUUACAUCGUGGAAACCUUGUCCAGCCAUCCAGCAGAAUAUCCGUGAUCGGGAGAAAUCUUCACUUCCACAGUCUUACUCAAGAAGACCACGGCGAGUGGAGCUGUGCGGUGGAUGGAGUAAGAUCGAGUGUGACCCUUUUGGUGGUUGGUAUUUCGGGUCCAGAUCCUCUCGCCAUCUACACUGCCAUUGGCUCUUCUGUUAAGCUUCCCUGUAACAUCACACACCUGCCCAUGGAAAAGGGUUUUCAUUGGAGCAAAGAUGCAAAAACGAUCCGUGAAAACAAACAAGUGGUUUCUCUCAAUAAUGUGAGACCAGAAGAUGCUGGAAGUUACCAAUGUUCCAUCAGUUACAAAGGCAAAAGGCUGACCAGGCAUAUUGAAUUGAGGGUGAUCCAAGUGUCAACCCUCGGCUCUAUGUUUACCAAAGAAGGUUCCCACCUGAAGAUGCUGUGUAACAUCAGCGGUUCAACAGGGAAAGAGCGUUUUCAAUGGACAGGUCCAUCCCUUCCAGACGGACAGAGAAUUGUCAUCAAAGGACCAGAAGUGGACCUGCCUGAUGUGCGUGCACAGGACUCCGGGGCCUGGACCUGCUCAGUGUAUGGAAUGAAUGAACAUCUAGGAGAGGUGGAGCAUUGGGUCUAUGUGCAUGCUGCCCAAACUGCAGAUGUUGGUUCGUUCACUUCUUGGCACAUCCUCCUCAUCCUUAUCAUCAUACUGGUUUCUUGUUUGGCAGCCAUUUCUUUUAUUUCUUUCCGUAAUCAUAAGCGGCGACUGUCUCACCUUACCGCUCUGUCAUCAAUAGACACGUCUGCAGUCUCUCAGCCAAAGAAUGUCUCCGUGUCUGAAUGAUACCGACCGUACCGGAAAUACCGCCAUUACUGACCAUCUGGACUCCUCAACAUUAUCACUCCUCACCUGCAACCACCCCAUAUUCAGCUUGCUUAUACUUAUGUAGGGUAUCCACCCCCUGCAUAGAAUGGGAGACGUUGGCUGAAACUGUAUUCCUGCAAUAUUUUGUAUAUAAAAUAUCUUUGCAUUUAUUUUUGUAAUUUAUUUUUAUAAUUAUUAUUUGGUUCUUUUGUAUGUUUAAUGUAAAAUUAAAUAAAAUAUACA